AGUAGUCGGUUAUAUCUAGCUGCCUCUAUACGUGGACAACGAGACGGGACUAUCUGAUAGACUGACUUGCAUCUGGUGAGAUAUCAUCUACAUUCCAACGAUGAAGCAGCCAACUCUCCUUCUCAUCACUCUAUGUGCUAUACUUGUGGCAGUAGCGGGUAUGCCUACAGCUGGAGACAUACCCCGAGACAUGCCCGCAUUUGCAUGCUCUUGCGCUAGGUGGCCAUGUGAACCCGGCAUUCACUCAUGUAACACAACUACUCCGGUGUGCAGGAGUCAAACAGAUGGACCAGAGUAUGAACAUCUCUGCUGCAAGUACCUGUGUGAACCUAAACCUCCAUGCCACAAAAACCCCUGUUCUUCUACGCCGUGUGGACGAGGCACCGUAUGCAAGACGGAUGAAAAUUGCCGGGGAGUAUGUGUGGACAGACCUCUAAAGGGUUGGAAUGCAUCACCGCUCAAUGCAUCACUGGCAAGAGGUUGAAAGCUUGCUUCGUCGCUCGUUCAUGAGUGAGUGACGUCACGUCCAUGCGGACUCAAACUCCUAUUUAAGGUGCAUUGUGACCCUAACCCUAACCUAACUCUAAAAAAUAACCCUAACCCUAUUAAAAACAAAAUUAAUUAAAUUUUGUACAGUCGAAACUGUGACGUAGGUCUGACGUAUGUGAGCGACGAAACAAGCUUUCAACCUUUUGCGCAUCACUGCUCAAUAAUACAAGCAUGUGAUAUCGGCCUGCCAUCUGGUGUCGGACAACAUAACAACUUUAAUAUAUAUGUUCUGGAGAAUGCUACUAUUACCCAGUGAUGUUCAUUAAUAUUAAAUAUAUAAAAUGAUAAUAUAUUUUCGCAAUAAUUAUCUUAAGUAUGAUAUGGCAAUCACAUUAUUCAAUGAGAGUUUGUACUCCAUGCAUCAAUGCUCACUAGCUUGUUGUACUGCAAUUAUAUUUUCUGGGCAAAAUGUUUUAAAAUGUCAAUUAAUAAUAAUCUCUACAAUAAAAAUCAUUUCUAACUAUCUAA